AUGCUACAUGAUAUCAUACUGGGAUCGUGGGAAUUCUCGGCAUCCUUUUGUGUCGGCCGCAGUCGCGGCUGUGAAGUGAGUAUCUCAACAUCGGAAGAGACACGGACUGUCAGUAAACGUCACGUUGGAUUUGUCCCUUUUACAGAGACACUGGGAGUUUCAGGAUUUGGUAAACGACGAUGGCUUGUCUACGAUCUUGAGACCAUGAAUGGAACAGCAGUAAAUGAAGUGGAAAUCCCAACAGGAGGUAAUCGAGAGCUUCAUAAUGGCGAUGAAGUCGUGUUGGCUUCGGCCAUGAGACAGUGUGUCCGUCUAUUGGUUCAGUUCUCAGACGACGCGCACUCGCGCAUUGUCGUGAAGGCACUGACACGCUCGAUGACGUCGUCGCCUGUGCCAUUGCACCGCCAGACGACGACUCCAAGCCCGUCUUUACGACGCUCGCCACGACGCGUUGUCAUGACGAAUGCAUUGGAAGAUGUGACAGGUUUUAGAAGAUCAGCAAAUACGAUUGCUGGUAGCCCGGCAAUUGCAAGGACGGGAUGUCGAGUGGAAGCAAGGACUCCGGGAAGUUGUUAUGGAAAUAUGAUGACUCCACCACCUCAGAGUUUGUCGCAGAAACGAAGUCGUGCUAGUCCGAGAAAAGCAGCAAUUGAGAUUGAAAAUGUGGAGAUGCAUAGACAAGAGGAGACACCAAGUAGUCAGCUGAGAAAACGUUUACGACGUGGUGGCAUAAUUGAAGAAGCAACAGCAGUGAAAGAAGAUGUUAGUACUGAUACGAAAAGACCUCGAGAGCAUGAGAAUGAAGAGAGGGAGCGACUCAUGAUGUGUUCUGUCUGUCUGGAGUAUUUUCACGGCAGUGCAACACUGCCGUGCUCACACACGUUUUGCGGAUACUGUAUUAGCAGCUGGUUCCGCAGCUCACUGUCGUGCCCCGAGUGCCGUGCCGUCGUGAAGACGGUUCCUGUGCGCAACCGUGCACUGGACGAACUGGUGAAGCGGAUAGUAGGGCAUACAGAAGCCUACAAGUCCCACGUACGUCGCCGAACACGGAUGCAGCGACGAUCCAUUGUAUCACAUCAUUUUGGGCGUAGAAGCAGCAACGACAACAUUAACGUAUCGGAAGGAGCUGUUCGCGGUGUGAGUAAUUUCCAGCUUGUCAGUCCGACUACCCAUGAGCUUCGAAUCCGCGCCAGUGUUUUCACGCGUUGGUCUGUUGAAGACAAACUCGCGUUCUCUGAAUACAUCAAGGAUCAGUUUGGUGAGACCCGUUUUGCUACCUGCAAGAAGGUAGGGCUCACGGAGAUGGCAGUGGAUCGAUCCAACAUGACGGAGCUGAUCGUCGCUGCACAGAAUCUGCUACUAGAUUACAGUGGCAUCCGUAUGAUUGGUGAAGCUUGCUGCCAGCGCCUCAAAAUCUUCCUAUUUUUCGGCUGA